CCCCCGCUCCCGCCCCAGCCCCGGCAUCGCCCCGGCCCCGCUCCGGCUCUCUCCCCUGCGGGCCCCACCGCGCCUGCGCGGCCUGCGCGCCAUGGCGCGGCCUGAGGGGCCCCCGACGCUGCCCGAGCCGCUGCGGCGGCGGCUCGUCUCCUUCAGCAGCUCCGUGUUCAGCGACAGCCGCCGCGCCGCGCUCCGCGACGUGCCCCGCGCCCCGCCGGGCUUCCCGGGCUACCGCGCAGAUUGUGAAAUCCUUUCCAGUUUGCCAUUGCAGAUGUCCCUCUAUUUCAAUGUUUAUUUCUUCCCAUUUUGGUGGCUCAUCACAGUUGCCAUCCUCUACCUGAAGUAUCCGGCCUUAUCAGAUUAUUACAAGUUCAUCCUGGUCACUGUCAUGAUCCUGGUCUCUCUGACAGAGCUCAUUCGACUCUACCUGGGAUAUGUGGGCAAUCUCCUGGAGAAAGUCCCUGAGCUGGCUGGGUUUUGGCUCCUGACUCUCCUCCCGCAGUUGCCUAUAAUUCUCUUCUUGCUAUUUAAUGAAGGUCUGAAAAUCCACUCUCUGGAGCGAGCCGUCCACAUCAUCUUCGCCGCCUUCCUCUCCUUCCAAGUGGUGGCGGCGUUUUUCGCCCUGAAAAGGAUGGUGAACACCCUGGCCGCUCGCUUCCGCCUGACCGAGUUCCACCGCCUGGAGGAGCAGCGCCCCGCGCCGGGCGCUCCCAGCCUGGCCACGGGCACCCGGGGCUGGUAGGGCCUCGGGAGGGAGCAGAGCCCGGCCCAGUGUGGCCACAGUUCCGGUUCCACUUUCUUGGGUCAUUCUUUGCCUUCUUGCCUCAGAUGUAGUAAAAAAAUAGAUCUUGCUCAAGAGCCAACUUAGAGGAUGGAGCGCCUUUCUGCAAUGAAGAUCAAAGCCAAUUGCAUAACUGACCUGAGUGGACUGUGGGUGGACUGAGUACAUUUUGAGAGUUUUUACUUGUUACAAAGUUGUGGCAUUUUUAAAAAAACAGAAGCCUUUUUCCUCACUGUUCGAACAAAAUUAUUUUGUUUACAAUAAAUAUUUUCUACACUUUUUUGUGUUGGUA